AUUUAUAGUCUGUGUGCGUUAAAAAAAAGUACAGGAUAAAAACUGUCAAUCUGCUGGUGUAAUUUAUUUCUAGUUUCUAAAUAAUUUGUUGAAUAAUCACUAUCUUUUCAUGAUAAGCCAAAUGGAAUAAACUGUGAAGUAUUAGCUUAAUAAUUUGAUUAGUAGGUAAGCAUACAAAAUCUGCACCACUUGCCCCAGGACUCGUUGAUAAAAUGAUAACGUUUAAACGUUGACGACUGCGGACUGACGUACCCUUACUAGAUUGAAUGGUUUAUGUAAUCAAGAUGCAGUACACAUCGGACGAAGCAUAUGCGCGACUCAUAAGUCAUAAUAUGACUGUGCCUCAAAGGAUUAAGGCAACUGGUGACAUCAUUGAUGAAGAUUCGGCUCCUAAUGGAAUGGUCACUGGUUGGGAUUAUGCCAAUGAGAAGUUUGACAUGAAGGUUCCUGAAAGGAUACUGGUUGUGGGUCAAGAUCAACAUGUAGGUACAAAAGCACCUCCCAGAGAGAUCCAGUUGGACAACGCAGUGCUGCCAACAGACCCAGGCAUGAUCCGCGUGAGCACUCCUCCCCGUGUCAUCACCCUCGACCAGCAUUAUUUCCCAGCUGCCGAUGACUUUCCACACGGAAUGCCAAAUAACUCGCCGCCGAGAAAUGUACGGGCAUACAGGUCCCAGGGAGACGGAGCUCGCUCGAUCACACCUCGUCCCGAUAACUUGAAUGAAUCAACUAUGACUGAAUCACGUUUGGUGUUGAGAGAUCCAACCCCGCCUAUGGGUAACGGCGAAGGCCUUUCUACUGCAGAAGAAUUAGUUCAUUUACGCCGUCAAAUCGUCAAGCUGAAUCGACGCGUAAUGUCUAUAGAGGCUGAACAGCUACAACGACAACAAAAAGAGAAAAUAGCAUACGCUAUUGGCAUUGCUUAUUUGUUGUUCAAAGUGAUAGCUUGGCUCAACCGGUCUUAAUUAUAAAAACAUCAUUAAAUAAGAUGAAGUAUAUUAGGGAUUGUUGACUUCAUGAAUUUUCUUCAGUGUCCAUUUAAUGAAUGGCACUAUCAGAAAUGUCCUGCUUGUAGAAAAGAUGGAAGUGUUAUAGUUCUUCAAAGAUUAUUUUCAUUAGAAUUAGGUAACAUUUUUUAUACAGUUACGUACGGUUAUGCAUUUCUUGUACAGUAAAUCCUUACACAUUUGAAUAUGCGUUUACCUUUCCAUAUUCAUCGGUUUUAAAUGAAUUGUUACGUGGCCCUUCCUAUAGUGUAUAGAAAUUACCAUGGGCCAAUCUUAAUUAAAAUAAAACUAUAGACCACACCA